CAGUGUCAAGUUGGAGGUGAUUGUCGUGGUGGAUGUGUAAUUGUUGUUUGAAUUAUGUAAAUUGAGUAUUUUUUAAUGAAUUAUUAUGAUCACUUGAAAUAAAGUAGAUUUAUAGAACAUAUGACAGAAUGUUAGAAGAGAAUACCGCUGGGGUUCCUGAUAUUAAGUUCUUCCUGGGAUUCUAAACUUUUCAGUGUUCUGAGUGAGAUGUUUGUGUUAGGUUGCACAUUUGUACAGUCUCUUCUCUCUCACCUGUUACACGUAUCAGCCCGACUAAUAAAGGAAGUAAUGAGAACUGAUGGCUUAUGGUGAAGUGGUUGAAGUUGCAGGAUAUCCAGAUGCAUAGUGAAUAUCAUUUUGAAGCAACACGUUAUAAAUCUGUAGAUCAGGUUUACUCUUUCUAGGCUUGGGCAACUUAUCCCAAUUAGCUGCGGGUACAAAGUUAUGAAAGAUUUUGCAUUCUCUUGCAACAGGAAUGCCAAGAAUUGUGGCACAGAGAGCUGAAGAAAUAUUUCCUGCUGUGAGAGAAGGCAUGAACUAUGCAAAUUUAGAGAACGUACUAGUGGGUCCACAUGGUGAGAUGUACACAGCAUCACAUCAUGCAAAUGAGACCGUGAAUGUUAAAAUUGAGGGAGUCUCAGUUGCAGCAGAGGAAGAGGAUCCUCUGCGAAUAGCAGUUCAGGAAAUAAAGGCUGAACCUGAGAGCUAUUCAAAUUCCAAGGAAGUUUUAUUGGGUCCAUACAGUGAGACAUACCCAGGAUGUCAUGAUGGAGAUCAGGCCAUGAAUAUGAAAGCUGAGGAAGUGUCAGAUGCAGCAGAAGAAGGGGAUAUUCAGAGAUGGCAAUUGCUUUCUGAUCUCCAUCUGUCUGACUGUGCAAAUGAAACAGUUUCACUAUGCUGCUGAUUGGAUUUAGAAGAGCUUUUUCUGAAGUGUCUCUGGACAGUUGUAGUGUCUUGAAUGUUACUUGUCAUGUGCAUUUUCCCUUUUCCUUUAUGCAGUUGUAAUAUAGAUGAAAUUAGAUAGUGCAUAAACUGAAUGGUGUUUCAGAGAAAUUCUGUAGCAGCAAAAUUUCUUACAGAUUUGGGGAACUGUUCAGUUAUUUACUGGUACACUUACUAGAACCAAGACAUUAUAUGUCACUAGUGUUGUUGUAAGUGAAUGUCAGUGAACCCAGAAAAUAUAUAUGAUAAACAAGUUCCAAGGUUACAAAAGUUUCUGCCUUCUCUUGCAACAAGACUGUCAAAACUGUUACAAAGAGCUGAAGAAACAUUUCAUGCUGUAAAAGAAAGCAUGGUGAGUGUUUUGUGCUCAUGUGCACAGACUAGAAUUUUAUUGUCAUGUGUCAGUUCUCUUAGCCAAAGAAAGUAAAUAUGUUUUGACAAGCUUGUGUUUGUUUUCAUAAUCCAUGUGGGAAGUUUCUUCCUGUGGGUGUGGACAUUAUAACAUUUUGGUAUAUUAUGUAGGAGAGUGAUCAACUCAAGUAGAGUGAUGUGGGUAGGUCAUGUAGCACACAUUCAAGAGUGAGAAAUGCAUACAAAGUUUUUGACAGAAAUGCUGAGAGGAGCAGACUACUUGGGAGACCUAUGUGCAGAUGGAAAGAUACUAUUAGGACACAUUUUAAGUAAAUAAUUUGGUAGGGUUUGGACUGGGUGUGUUUG